AUGAAUUAUCCAUAUACUCUGAUUUUUUUACUGAAAACAACUGCUUUACUUAUUAUUCAAAUUAUUCAGGCAACUGCAAAUACCGAACUCUCAGGUUGUGAGAAGUGUGAUUUACGUUCAUCAUUUUGUCAAAAAAGUAGUAGUACGGGUAAAGUAACUUGUAUUUGUCGUUCUGGCUUUGUCGCUGAUAGUAUUGGAAGAUGUCACCAUAUGCCUGAAGCUCGUGAAAUUAAUAUGUCAAAUAAUAAAUGUCUUAUGGGACAAGAUGAAGGAAGAGCUGAAAAAAUUUUAACAGAAUUAUUGAAAACAUAUGAUCGAAAUUUAGUGCCAGAAGCAAAAGGUGUUGAUGUUGAUGUUGAAAUACUUAUUCAGCAGAUAUCUGAAAUUUCUGAAAUACAUAGCAGUUCUAAGAUGCAUAUUUUAUUAGCGCAAAUUUGGCGUGAUCCUAACUUAUCAUUUCAGGAUAUGGAAGGAGCAGAUUGUGUACAAAAUUUAACUUUAUCACAUCGAAUGGUUGAACAAUUAUGGUUACCAAAUGUUUGUAUUGUAAAUAGUAAAGGUUCACUGAUACAUCAUUCACCUACACCAAAUGUUUUCCUUUCUAUUUUACCGAAUGGUACCGUUUGGAUAAAUUACAGGAUUAUGGUUGAAACACCAUGUGAAAUGGAUUUUUCAAUUUUUCCAAUGGAUCGUGUUGAAUGCAUAAUGGUUUUUGAAAGUUAUUCAUUUAAUAUUGGUAAAGUUCGUCUACACUGGAAACGUCAUGGUAUUCCGGUUGAAGUAAUUGGUGAAACAAAUUUACCGGAUUUUCAUAUGACACAUUACAUUCAUGAAAAAGCAUCAUUCCAUUAUCCAGCGGGUGUUUGGGAUCAUUUAAAUAUAAAAUUAUAUUUUCGUCGCUCAUACGGUUUCUAUCUGUUACAAAUUUACCUUCCAACUUAUUGUAUGGUACUCAUUUCAUGGAUAUCAUUUUGGUUAGAUCGUCGAUCAUUACCCGCACGGGUAACUGUUGGCGUUUCAUCAAUGAUGGCACUUACUUUACAAUAUUCAAAUGUUGCAAGGACACUUCCAAAGGUUUCAUAUGUGAAAGGUUUGGAUUUAUUUAUGUUCGGUUGUGUUGGAUAUAUUUUUUUAUCAAUUGUUGAAUUAGCUAUUGUUGGAAUGUUAGAAAAGUCGAAUACGUCAAGGAGUCGUGGAAGUGCUGAAACUGAUAUUAUUAAUACAACUAGUUUACUUUUAAAUGAAACUCGAUCAAGUAAACGAUUAUUCAGGGAAGGUCGAAGACGAAAGUUACCACUAACUGAACAAGUUGACGAAGAUAAACGAUUAUCCAGAAAAGUUGACAUUGAUCUGAAUGAUAGUUUAUGGACACGUAAUGCGGCAACAUUUGCCGAAUACGGUGAACGAAAUCCAACAUCAACAAUUCGACAUCCGGAAAUAAUGAAAUUAAAUGAGUACAAUGGUGAAAAUACGAAUCGUUACUUUCCCUAUCGAAUAACCGAAGAAGCAAGAAGUGAUAGUAAACAUCGACGAAAAAAACACAACAAUGAACGAAGAUUUUUAAGACAUUGGACUGGUGAAGAUAUGGAUAAUUUAUGUCAAAAAGCAUUUCCAAUUUCAUUUGCACUGUUGAAUAUGGUAUAUUGGACGUAUUAUACUGCACGAGCAAAUGAUUAA